GAAAAAGUAAUACUUACAACUGGGUUUAUCAAUCUGGGUCUGUUGAUCAUACUCUCUUCUGCUCGCUCUCUCUCUCUCUCUCUCUCUCUGUCUUUCAAGAUGUGUGACUCGCUCUCUUUAGUUUGCCUCAAUUUUAAAACGUCUCUCACCAUCUAAUCUUCCGAUCCUCCACCACCAUGUUAGGCGGUGAAGGCGACGCGCCGCUGCAACCGCCGGAAAACGGGGGUGAAUUUCUCCUCAAAAUGCUACGAAAACCUCCCCAUCAACACCAAACGCCCCUUCAACCACCACCAUACGCAGUCACCGGAGUUUCACCGCCAACACCAUCACCACCUACGCCAGAGUCACUUACUCACGAUCCUGCCGUCGCAGCAGUGGGCCCCACCCUUCCCUUCCUGCCAUUCCCAUCCAACAACGGUCACGAUCUUCCCUACCACCCUCCUUGGCCCCAAUUGCCUCCGUUCGCACCACACAACUACUUCAUCCGAGGACCUCCCCAAAACCCUAAUUCAAAUCCUAAUUGGCCCUCUCCGCCUCCGCUUCCGCUUCCGCUUCCGCUUCCGCCUGGGUUCAAUCAGACUCAUCAUCACCAACCUGUCCAACUCAAUCACCAAUUAUUCGGCGAUGACAUCCGAAAGCUAGGAUUUUCUGGUACGAAUCCUAGACCUAUCUCAACUCAUCAGCAAGAACAUAAACUCAUGUUUGGAUCAUUGCCUUGUGAAAUUCGAAACAAUGAGGGGGUAUCAAAUGGCAGUUCACAUGAUAAUUUAGUUACAAGGGCUAAAAUAGAGGGUUUAUUGUCGAAAGAAAGAGAUAUCAGUGUAGGAGAUAGAAGAUUGAAUGGUGUGGACAAUGAGUUUCGCAAUUCUGUCGAUUUGAGUCGGGAUCCGCCAGCGAAUUCGCGUGCAUCUCGGAAUCACGAGCAAGAACGGAGAGGAAGUGGUGGCAGUGGAUCUGAUAGACAUCAGCAUGGAGGUAAUUAUAGCACAAUGGCGCCAUCACGGGAAGUGAGGCGACCCCCACCUGGUUUUUCUGGCAAGCAAAAGCAAAAGGAUGCAGUGAAUCGGGAGUCUAGGAAUAGGAGGAGAAGUUUUGAGCAUAAUGUGGAUAGGGAAAGGGGUCGUUUUGGUGAACCUCAUCGCAUGAGUUUUACUUCAAAUGCUGAGAAUGAUAGAGAAGGAAAAUUGUCAUCUGGUCAUUUGAAAGCUCGUGGCAAUGUAUUGGAUGGUUUGGGGCUUACUCGUCAGCUUGAUUCCCCUGGCCCACCAACAGGAAGUAAUCUUCAUUCCGUUUCGGUGUCUGAUAUUGAAGAGUCUCUGUUGGAAUUGCAUGGUGAAAUUGGUGAAGAUGGGGACAAAGUUCGGAGGCAGGACAAGAUGAAGAAGGAUGGUGGUAGAAGACGCCUUGAAUUGGAUGAUUUUGGUGAACAGCUUAUGGGGUCUUUAGCACCUGAAGAUGAAUUGGACGACAAAAAUGAUAAAAGGAAACAUAAAAGUUCUCGUGAAAAGGGUUACAGAUCAGAUAUGAGAGGACAAAACAUUCUUGGCCAGAGGAUGAGAAACUUCAAGAGACAGAUUGAAUGUCGAGCUGACAUAAACAGGCUAAAUGCUCCUUUUCUUGCAAUUUAUGAAUCCCUAAUACCAGCAGAGGAAGAAAAAGCAAAGCAGAAGCAAUUGUUAACAUUAUUGGAGAAUCUUGUUAGCAAAGAAUGGCCUGAAGCUCAGUUGUAUCUUUAUGGAUCAUGUGCUAACUCAUUUGGGGUUUCAAAAUGUGAUAUUGAUGUUUGCCUUGCAAUUAAGGAUACAGAUGUUGACAAAUCUGAGAUCUUGUUGACAUUGGCAGAUAUACUGCAGUCGAAUAAUCUACAGAAUGUCCAGGCACUUACACGCGCUAGGGUCCCCAUAGUGAAGCUUAUGGAUCCAGUGACUGGAAUCUCUUGUGAUAUAUGCAUAAACAACAUAUUGGCUGUUGUAAAUACAAAACUUCUCCGGGAUUACGCACAAAUAGACGUGAGAUUGCGACAAUUGACUUUUAUUGUGAAACACUGGGCCAAAUCAAGAGGAGUAAAUGAAACUUACCAAGGAACACUUUCUAGCUAUGCGUAUGUUCUAAUGUGCAUUCAUUUCUUACAACAGCGUAAACCUGCUAUCCUUCCAUGUUUACAGGAAAUGGAGAAAACUUAUGUGGUAAAUAUUGAAAACGUUGAGUGUGCCUAUUUUGAUCAAGUUGAGAAACUUCAUGAUUUCGGAUGCGGUAAUAAUGAAAGCAUUGCUCAGUUGGUAUGGGCAUUCUUCAAUUACUGGGCGUAUUGUCAUGAUUAUGCCAAUGAUGUUAUAUCUAUUCGCACAGGAAGUGUUCUCAGCAAGCGAGCCAAAGACUGGACUAGGAGGAUUGGGAAUGAUCGUCAUCUGAUAUGCAUAGAGGAUCCCUUUGUGAUGUCUCACGAUCUAGGUCGAGUGGUGGACAAAUAUAGCAUAAAAGUCCUGCGGGAGGAAUUUGAAGUUGCUGCAGAAAUUAUGCAAUAUGCUCCUGAUCCUUGUGUAAAACUUUUUGAACCCUAUGUUCCUAGUUAACUCGCAUAUUUUGUUGAGUAUUUAUAGCGUUUUGGCUCUGCCUGUGAAUUCCCUCUCUAUCUAUCUUGGUUGCCCUUUAAUUAUAUAUAAUGUAUUUAGGGUAUUCGACUUCUACCCCAGUUGUAAAGAAAUGUUUUGUAGAGCUUUACAAGUUCCUCAAGGUUUCCAUAUACUGCCUUUUUGCCC